CAGCUCCGCAAUCUCCUUCUUCAGCUCGACCGAGAGGCUUCCAAAUACGCCAACUCAAGAGUCGACGAGAACCUGAGCGUCAGAUGGACAUGUUCCCAGCCUAUGGCCCACAUCGUCUCGGCAGCCUGGAAAUGUGCGCUUAGCACCUACGAUAUUGAUGCCGCGGUAAGGCUGCCGACAUCGCCUUUCUGCAACUUUGAGCACGACUACAUUGUAUCUCCCUCGGUCGGAGGCCGCACCAAAGCUGUCGUCUCAACAAUCGUAACUCCGGCUGCAGAUAUGGAAAACGAAUUCCUCCCUGCCCUCGUUAUUGCGGUUCGGGGAAGCGCUAGCAAGGUCGACCACAUGGUGAAUGCGAACUCAAGGGCACGAACUGCCUUUGAGAUACGCCUCUAUGUCCAGCGCCGUCGGUCCAACGCCCACAUUAUCUUCACCGGGCACUCCGCAGGCGGAGCGGUUGCGACCCUGCUCUUUCUCCGCCGUCUUCUAGGUUCGGGCAGUGCCCCCGAUGCGAGGUUGUCGUGCAUCACAUUCGGCGCCCCUCCGGUAGUGAGCCAGGCCCUGAACUUCGAAGAGCUCGCACCGCGCCGACCCCUAGGCCUCUGCCUCAACAUCAUCAACGAGUUUGAUGUUGUCAGCCGGGCAGAUAGACCCUACAUCCUAUCUUUGGUUAACAUGAUGCGCUCUUUAUACGGGCAGCCCGCUAUCCCCGAUGACGUUGACAUUACCAGAGACGCAGAUGACUCCCCGCGCUCAGGAGCUGCCAAUGCCCAGCAGACUUCCGGCUCUGAGAACAUCUGGCCGCUGCCUCCGCCGAUGUAUCACCAUGUUGGUAGUCGCGUGCUCCUUCUGACACGGCUGGAUGACGAUGGCCGGGUCUGCUUGAAGGCAUGCGAGGUGCCUAAAGAUGUAUUCCAGCAGCUCCUGUUUUGUCGGGUGGAGGUGCACCGCCGCGCUUGCUACUCGGAUCGGAUGCAGCGGCUCGAAAAACGGGAGCUGAGCGCCUAG